AUGAGGUCAACAAAUGGUAUGAAUGAAAAAAAAUAAUAAAUGUAAAAUACAAAUCACAUUUAUAAAAGAGAAUUAAUUGAUUUACUCUUAGGAAAAUGUAUUUUAAAGAUAUUAUUUGAUUAUUUUGGCUAUAAACGGGAACUUAACUAGGAAGAUUUUAGAAAUUAAGAAAUCUUAACAAUAAUAGAAUAAAUCUAAUUUCUUUAAUGGUAAGGCUAAUAUGGGCCAAACUAUAAAUAAUAAGUUAAAUGGAUUGCAACUUGGAAAGGGGAAAUAAUUUAGGAAGUUGAUGGAUACAAUGAGAAUGAAUUAAAGUUAGGUUAAUUGAAACAACCAAGUAAGAAUUAUUGGAGGUAAUGUAUACAGAAUAGUCAAGCUCAAUUAUAUGAAAGUGGAGAAUACUAUCUUGAUUAAAUAUUGGGAGACGGAAUUAUAUCUAUGAUAACUAAAUUAUGGAUGUUUAUUAAUUAAUUUAUUAGUGGAGGUGAGUCAUAUGAUUAUGGAAGUGGCAAAAUUAAAAUUGGUUACUGGAUUAAUUCACAUGACCGAUUUUCGAAUUACAGACAAUUGGCUCAUAAUGGUAAAAAGUAGGUAGAUGGGAUAUUGAGUAUAGAUAUGACAACAUUCAUCCAUUCUCUAAAAUGUAAAAAAUAUUAAUUAAUUGGGGACAGCGGUAGAGGAUUAUACGAUGAUGGACUUAAGAUUGGCAAGUGGACUGAUUUGGAUGAAGGAAAAAUAAGUAACGUAUAAUUAUGUAUACAAAAAUGAGAUCAAAGUUGGUAGAUGGGAUAUUGAGUUUCGGUCAUACAGUAACAAUCCAUUCUCUAAAAUGUAGAAAAUGAUAUAUAGAACAGAAAUAGUUGUGGAUAAUAUGAUGACGGAAAUAAGAUGGGCAAUUGGAUUGAUUUGGAUGAAUAGUUUAAGUAUUUAAAAUUAGUAAUUCAUAAUGGUGAAUAUUCUAAUUGUAAAAAUUUUGGUGUAGUCAGAUUGGUAUGA